CCUGACCAGGACUCCGGAGGGGCAAUGGCGGCGCCCGUGCUGCGCGGGUGCUGCCCUGGAAGGCGUUGGGUUUUAGCCUGCAUUGACCACAGUUCUCGCCACGAAAGAAGGGCCCCGACAGGGUCCAGGUGCAGCGGGAAAAGGGGGCAGAGCUCAGUGGCUCCGCAGCACCUCACCACGGCCGGGAAGCCGAGGAAAGGUGAGCACAAAUGGGCAGCUGUGGUAGGCCUGGAAAUUCAUGCCCAGAUCUCCUCCAACUCAAAACUCUUCUCUGGAUCUCAAGUCCACUUUGUGGCACCUCCAAAUUCCUUGGUAUCAUUUUUCGAUGCAUCUCUGCCUGGAACUUUGCCGGUUCUCAACAGGAGGUGCGUAGAGGCGGCAGUGAUGACAGGCCUGGCCCUGAACUGCCGCAUAAACAAGAAGUCCUUGUUUGACAGGAAGCACUACUUCUAUGCAGACCUCCCUGCAGGCUACCAAAUCACCCAGCAGAGGCUCCCGAUCGCUGUGAACGGGAGCCUGGCCUACAGCGUCUGUGUGGGCACGAAGCGGAGUCAGGUGAUCAACAAGACCGUGAGGAUCAAGCAGAUCCAGCUGGAGCAAGACAGUGGCAAAAGCCUCCACGAUGACCUGCGUUCUCAGACUCUCAUUGACUUGAACAGGGCAGGAGUCGGCCUUCUGGAAGUGGUCCUGGAGCCAGACAUGUCUUGUGGAGAAGAGGCGGCCACAGCCGUCAGGGAGCUGCAGCUGAUACUUCAGGCUCUGGGGACCAGCCAGGCCAACAUGGCAGAGGGCCAGCUGAGAGUGGAUGCCAAUAUAUCUGUGCAUCGCCCUGGGGAGCCUUUGGGCGUUCGAACUGAAGUGAAGAAUCUCAACAGUGCCAGGUUCUUGGCCAAAGCCAUAGACUAUGAAAUUCAGAGGCAAAUCCGAGAACUUGAGAACGGAGGUGAAAUUCUGAAUGAAACUCGCUCCUUUGAUUACAAGCUGGGGUGCACUGUGCCGAUGAGAGACAAGGAAGGAAAACAAGACUACAGGUUCAUCCCCGAGCCCAACCUGCCGCCCCUGCUGCUCUACGACUUGGCGUCUCUGCCUGCUGGCGCAGACCCGCAGCAGGUGGUCAACAUCGACCAGAUUCGGGAGCGGCUCCCCGAGCUGCCCAGCGUGACCCGGGAGAAGCUCGUGCAGCAAUAUGGGAUGCUGCCAGAACAAAGCCUCACCUUAGUGAAUGAAGUUGGCCUGCUGGAGUUCUUCCAGAAUGUGAUCAAAGAAACUAGGGCAGAGCCCAAAAAAGUGACUAGUUGGGUCCUCAACACUUUUCUGGGAUUUUUAAAGCAGCACAACCUUGCCGUCAGUGAGAGUCCCGUCACUCCGUCUGCACUGGCUGAGCUUCUCGACCUGCUGGACAGGAAGGCGAUUUCUUCAGCAGCAGCCAAACAGGUGUUCAAGGAGCUGUGGGCGAGUGAAGGGAAGAUGCCGGCACAGAUCAUCUCAGAAAAGAAGCUUGAACUAAUGCAGGACCAAGAGACCCUGGAACAGCUCUGCCAGGCCACGCUGGAGGAACAUCCCCAAGUGGUGAUGGAUGUGAAGAAGGGAAACCCCAGAGCUAUCAAUAAACUGAUCGGGCUGGUCCGAAAAGCGACUCUCAGCCGAGCGGAGCCGGCUGUGAUCAAAGAGAUGCUGGAGAAGAAGCUGUCCUCGUGAGCUAGUCCAGGCCCCCCUAAGGGAGGCAGUGCAGCCGUGACACAGGGCAGAGCUUUGAAACCCGAUGUCCGAGAGCCUGCAGCUCCCCGGCCCUGGGCCAGGCAGAGCAGGGGCCGCACCUGACCUGUGCCUUGGGUGCCGCCUCCACACAGCAGCCGCCUCGCCCCCUCUGCGUCAUUGGCGUCAGAACCGCUCCAUCUUCGCUGCAACUGCCGUUAAGAAAUAGCACGUUCUGGUGCUUCAUAAUUCUGAACUAGAGGAAAUGCACUGUUUCAAAUGCUGUUACCUUUCUAAGAAAAAUUCAUUCUGCAGUAUUUUUAGUCCUAAAAAUAGGUUGAUGGAGAGGAAGACAACAGAGUAAAUCCACUGGCGGCGUGAACAGAACGUUUGUUCAGCGAGGUCUCCUGAGGGCAGGGAAGGAGGAGAUGGGUCUCGUAUUAGGUGGUAGUGCUGUUCACCCACCCCCAAGUACAGGUGAUGGUGCCCGUUCAACUCCCUAGGGACUCCGGAAGGCAGUGCUCUGAGAAUAAAGACAUUUUUGGUAAAAUAGA